GCUGAAGAUGUCGGGCUCCAUCGCCUCGUACGAGCAGCUCGUGCGGCAGGUGGAGGCGCUCAAGAAGGAGAACAGCCACCUGCGGCGCGAGCUGCAGGACAACUCGCACCACCUCUCCAAGCUCGAGAAUGAGACCUCGGACAUGAAGGAGGUCCUGAAGCACCUGCAGGGCAAGUUGGAGCAGGAGGCCCGGGUCAUGGUGUCCUCGGGGCAGACGGAGGUCCUGGAGCAGCUCAGAGCCCACCAGAUGGACAUCUCCAGCCUCUACAACCUCAAGUUCCCGGCAGCCGCGCUGGUGCCGGAGCUGGCCGAGGAGAUGCCGCUGCCCGCACCGCGGGGCAAGGACGGCGCCGGGGACCCAAGCAGGGCCACCCUGCGCAUCCUCGAGGAGCUGGACCGCGAGAGGUGCUUCCUGCUGGGCGAGAUGGAGAAGGAGGAGAAGGAGAAGGGCUGGUACUACACGCAGCUGCAGAGCCUCUCCAAGCGCCUGGACGAGCUGCCGCACGUGGAGACGUUCUCCAUGCAGAUGGAUCUCAUCCGGCAGCAGCUGGAGUUCGAGGCGCAGCACAUCCGCGCGCUCAUGGAGGAGCGCUUCGGCACGGCCGACGAGAUGGUGCAGCGGGCGCAGAUCCGGGCGUCGCGGCUGGAGCAGAUCGACAAGGAGCUCAUGGAGGCGCAGGACAAGGUGCAGCAGACGGAGCCCCCCCUCCCCUACAAGUCCCAGAGCAACCCGCUGGCCAUCAUCGAGAGCGGCGGCGGCAUCCUCCGCAACGUCUCCAGCCUCGUCGCCACGCGCGAGGACUACCGGCAGGUGCUCCGGGACCACAACUGCCUGCAGACGCUGCUGCAGCACCUGCGCUCGCACAGCCUCACCAUCGUGAGCAACGCGUGCGGCACCCUCUGGAACCUCUCGGCGCGCAGCCCCAAGGACCAGGAGCUGCUCUGGGACCUGGGGGCGGUCAGCAUGCUGCGCAACCUCAUCCACUCCAAGCACAAGAUGAUCGCCAUGGGCAGCGCCGCCGCGCUCCGCAACCUGCUCACCAAUCGGCCCCCCAAGUACAAGGACGCGGCCGUCAUCUCCCCGGGCUCCUGCAUGCCCUCCCUCUACAUGCGCAAGCAGAAGGCUCUGGAGGCCGAGCUGGAUGCCAAGCACUUGGCCGAGACCUUCGACACCAUGGAGAAGCAGAGCCUGAAGAGCCAGAGCGCGAAGAAGCCGCUGCGGCACAUGGAGAGCCUGGUGAAGGACUACGCCUCCGACUCGGGCUGCUUUGACGACGACGAGGUGCCCAACGUGUCCAGCGGCGUGGAGACGGCGAACGCCUCCGUCCUCUCCAUGUUCCUCAACUCCUCCUUCCUCCAAGGUCAGGCUCUGCCCCGGGCUCUUGCUCAGAGGAGAUGCCCGGAGCCGGAGAAGGACAGCAAGACGGCCGAGCCCAGGAAGCCCCCGUUGCCGGAGGACGACGUCUCGCUGGCGGCCGAGAAGCUGGCCAACAAGAUCUCCAGCACGGUGGCCAAGAUCGACAAGCUGGUGGAAGACAUCUCCACCAUGCACACGUCCUCGGACGACAGCUUCAGCCUCAGCUCGGAGGACCACGGCCUG